AUGGCUAACACAUCAGCCUGGACGGAGGAGGAUCGACAACUUGCACUCGGUGAAGAUCCAGCAUUCCCUGCCUGCCACUACCGUCGCGGAUGUCUACUAGGACAAGGAGGAUAUGCUCGUGUUUAUAAGGUCCUUGAUGUCUGGAAGGGGACCGUAUAUGCCGGGAAAUCCUCUCCUGACGCAGUUAAGCACUUGCGAAAGGAGGCCAAAAUUCUGAGAAACCUCAGCCAUCCCAAUAUUGUCAAGUACAUCGAAUACUAUGAAGAAAGGGACUAUCCAUCUGCGAAUGUCCUUGUCAUGGAGCUCUGCGCCGGUGGGAGUUUGCAGACUAUGAUUAACAACCAUACCGAAGGCCUGACGCAAAAAGACACUCUGCACGUCUUGAACCAGGUCUCUCAGGCCAUCGAAUACCUCCAUAGCAAAAAGCGGUUUCAUGGAGAUCUUAAACCGCGAAACAUUCUCAUACGCAAAUGGAACCCCGUCGAUGUUGUCGUCGCCGACUGCGCUGAGAUCAUGCACGAAGGCAAGAGCGAUGACAUGUGGGCGAUUGGUAUAUCCCUUCUGGGUAUGAUGUCGCAAUGGCCUUCGUAUUACCAAAAUGAGCAACGUUUGUAUCCGCGACGAUGCGCCUCACAUGCGCGCAACUUGGAUAGGCUGAAUCCUGGUCACGAAAUUGUGAAGCUACUCGUCCUCCUGCUCGAGUGGGACCACAAGCGAAGAAUUGAUGCCUCUCGACUGGUGGCACUGACGGCCGAACUCUUGGAAGCGCGUAUUGUGAAGCCAGAGGGAACACCUGAGCCUGAUAAGAUGUGCCUAGAAGCUCCCAAGGGGUUUCAGGCGGUCGAAUUCUGGUAG